AUGGCUGACGAUAAUGAAAAUCGAACAACUGGAUAUGAAAUGCUAAUUGAAGUACCUAAUACUAAUCAGAAUAAUGAAAAAAAUUAUUAUCAAAUAUAUGGAAAUAAUAAAACAAAUGAAGUUACAAAUAAUAAUAAUAUAUUUGAAAACAAUGACAAAAGAAAUGACGACAAAUUCGAACUUGGAAGUCCAUUAAAUUAUACUACUGAAAAUGGAGAAGAACCAUUUGAAAAAUAUUGUUACAAUAUAAAUGAAACAAAAAAGAUAGAAACAGAUGUUAAAUAUUAUGGACAUUUUUUUGUUAGUUUAAUUUUUUUAGGAUUUUUUAUUUUAUAUUAUAUUUAUUAUGGUGAUUAUUCACGUAUAUUAUAUGGAACAAAUUAUAAUGGAAAAGUUUGUGGAAAAAAUUUAAACUCAUUUAAAUAUUUAUAUUAUCCAUUAUCACCUAAAACAUCUAAAUAUGAAAUUUUAAAAAAUUAUCCUAAGUGUUUAGAGUCAUGCCCUACAGUUGAAAAUGGAAGUGAUAACAAGACUGAUGAAGAAAAUUUGGAUGUAGAAAAAAAAAAAAAAAACUUUUUUGAAGACAACUUUUUUUUUCCUUUUAAAAAGAGUAGCGAUAAAAAUGUAGGAAAAAUAAUGGAUAAAAAUGGAAAUACAGAAACAAAUGUAGUAUAUGCUGAUUAUACAAAAGGACCAAAUAAUAAUUUAUAUGUUGAAUAUUCAUUAAAUUCUAAAUAUUAUGAUACAGUAAAUAUAAUGAAUAUAUGUUAUCCUAGAGAUAAAACAUUAAGAGAAAAAGUUAUAAAUAUUGUCUUUACAAAUAGAUAUAAAAUAUUUGUUAAUUUAUUUUCUUUAUAUAAUUCAUUUUUUUUUGUUUUUUUAUUUAUAAUUGUAUCUAUAGCAUUAUCUCUUCUUUAUAUAGUUUCUUUAUACUCUUUUCCUGCAUCUACUUUUUAUAUUUUUUUAAUUUUUUAUCUCAUCUCUCUAUUCUUUAUACCUAUAUAUCUUGUUCAUAAUCAUUUAUAUUUAGUAUUUGAUCCCAUAAAAGGUUCUUUUUUUUCAUACCACUAUAUAAUAUCUAUUUUAAUAUUAUUUAUAACAAUUGUACAUGCUGUUAUUUCUUUAAUUAUAUUUUAUAUAUACAAAAAUACAUAUACAUAUACAUCCAAAUUAAUAGGAAUUACAUUAAAAUAUAUUCGUGAUAUUCCUAAUGUUAUAUAUGCACCAGCAAUUGUUUCGUUUGCAUCUGUUUUUUGGUCUUGUGUUUGGAUAUAUUUUUAUGUGCAUAUAAUCACAUCUGGCACUUCUUACGACCAGAAGUUGGAUCUAGAUCUUGAUACAAAUGGAAACAGCAAAAUUAUGUCCCUUAAGAAAGUCUUUUACUACUUCAAGAGCUCCUAUAUAUUCUCUAUGAUAUGGAUAUAUGUUUACUUCUUCAUUUGUGAAAUGCUACAAUCGCUCAACCAGUUCACCAUAUGCCAUUUAGGAACUAUGUGGUAUUUUAGUGACAAAAAAAAGUUCGAAGGCAGCCGAAAUGUAGUAGAAGAAAUGAAAACAAUUUUGAAAUAUCAUUUUGGGAGUAUUGUGCUAUCAAGUUUUGUAAAUAUGAGUACUAAGCACUUACGAGUUUUGUUUUUUUGGAUAAACAAAACAUUAUCAUUACCCUUUUUUUUCAAUGAGUUGAUCUACAACAUAAAGGAGAGAUUUCAUUUUAUACUAAACCCUAUGUCGAAGAUAGUGGACACAUACACAACAUCUGCCUAUUGUGAAAUGUCUAUGACAUCACACCCGUACAUGAUUUCUUGCCACCUCUCCUCAAAAAAACUAACCAACUCAACAUCACCAGCAGCAGCUUUACAUGGGAUAAGCUAUAUAACGAAUAUAAUAUUCCCUGGAUUCUCAACAAUGAUAAUAACUUUUUUUGCAUUCAAUAUCUUCAACAAUUUUAAAAUGUAUAACAACAUUUUUUCACCUAGUUAUAUUCCUAACCCAUUUUUCUCAGCAUUGAUAAUUGGAGUUAUUUGUGGAAUAAUCACAUCAUAUUUUAUAACAAUUAUAUCCACUUUAGCUGACACAUUUUUAUAUUGCUUCAUAUGCGAAUGCUAUCAAAAACAAAUGAUUGAUGAAAAUCCGUUAAGAAAAACAUUUACUCCAGAUCUUUUGAGAGAAUUUAUUUUAGAAAUAUAUGAAGAUUAUAAUUCAAAAUUAUGA